UUUACAUUCCUCAUAAAAAGGGGAGAAAAAUGCUUUGUGAAUGAUUGAUCAAAUAGUUGUAUAAUUAGAUGAAAAUAUAUAAAGCAGAUAUAGUUGAAGAGGCUGGUCAUACAUUAUAGUGACUGACAGUCAUGGAUAUGAUAACGUUUGUGCAGUUUGUGCAGAUAAACGCUCUGAUUUCAUGCAGUUAUGCAACUUUUGCAAAACUACCGUUUCAUCCAGAGGUGUUUCCUCCUCCUGUACUGCAGAAACCUUUUCAUAAACCAAUGAUGAUAUACCAGCACCCCCCAAUGGGGCCUUUUAUCCGUCAGCCACUGUUGCCAAUGUUUCCAACACAAAUGAAGCGGCCCUUUAAGGUAAUUCCAGUUGUCAAACAAAAACUAUUUAUGAAACGGCUACCAUUUUCCAAUAAAAUGAAACCGAUGGUGAUAAAGAAAGUGAAAUACAUCAAAGUACCAAAGAUUUCUACGAAACCGAAGAUUCCCUUUAAAUAUCCAAGACCACAAUCUCCGCCUAUGUACAGAUUACCACGGCCAGAAUUUCAAGGAAACGUUGUAACUGGUUAUCGACCACCUCCAGGAACAAAUCGCCCGAGACCAAGGGUUAGACGGCCUCCAACAAGAAUUUACAGACGGCCUGUAGCCCAGCCUCCAACUAGAACUUACAGACCACCUAGACCCCAAUAUCCUGUAAGAUCCUACAUACCGCCACCGGCACCUCUUCCUCCUAGAACUUUCGAACCUCCGAUUCAACCACAGGAUGUAUUUGACAGACCUCCAGUUCAACCUCCGGCUGUAAAUGCUUUUCCUGAAUAUCAACCUCCAAUUGUAAAUAACAUACCUGAAUACCAAGCUCCGGUUGUAUAUAACAUGCCUGUACCACCAAUAGUUCCUCCAAGAGAUUUUACCGAACCUCAGUAUAUUUCUGAUGACGACGACGAUGAUAAUGAGGAUGAUUUUAAUGAUUUCGAUGAUUACCAGGAGGAUAAAUUCGAGGAAUUUGAUGAUAGAAUGGAAGACUCACUAGAGAAAAACGCUGAUGGUGACUAUGACAACGAUGACGACGAAAGGUCUGAAGAAUCUGAUGAUGAAAAGGAAAACUCAUUAGAGAAAAAAAGUGAUGGUGAUUCUGACGAUGAUGACGACAGGUCUGAAGAAUCUGAUGAUAGAAAGGAAGACUCACUAGAGAAAAAAGCUGACAGUGACUCUGACGAUGAUGACGACAACAGGUCUGAAGAAUCUGAUGAUAGAAAGGAAGACUCACUAGAGAAAAAAGCUGACAGUGACUCUGACGAUGAUGACGACGACAGGUCUGAAGAAUCUGAUGAUAGAAAGGAAGACUCACUAGAGAAAAAAGCUGAUAGUGACUCUGACGAUGAUGACAACGACAGGUCUGAAGAACCUGAUGAUAGAAAGGAAGACUCACGAGAGAAAAAAGCUGAUAGUGACACUGACGAUGAUGACAACGACAGGUCUGCAGAAUCUGAUGAUAGAAAGGAAGACUCACUAGAGAAAAAAGCUGAUAGUGAUUCUGACGAUGAUGACGACGACAGGCUUGAGGAAUUUGAUGAUAGAAUGGAUGACUCACUAGAGAAAACGGCUGAUGGUUCCAGUGACAAUGAGGACGACGACAGGCUUGACGACGAGAUAUCUGAAAACUUUGAUCAAAUGAAUGAAGUGAGGAGGAACAUUGCAAGAAGUAGGCAGGAUCUUGAUCAUCUUAUUAAAGAGAGUAAUAGGUAUCAAGGGAAGAUUUUCGAUAAAAUGGGAAACCGUUUAACGCAACAAACAACACAACACUUCAAUCCUGGAAGAAUACCCACUCAAACAUCAAAAACGAUGGGAGCUCCCACUAAAAGGCAAAACAUGUACGAAGAAAACGAAUUUGAGAUAAGAGAAAAUCGCAAUAUACCGGCUAGGUCAAAUAAGAACUUUGCAGAUAUUGAUGACAGGCAGACCAGGUAUCAAGAAAACUAUUUCGAACAGGCUGACAGUAACGAAGAUCGAUUUAAUAACCGUGCACAACAAUUACGGGGGUCUAAUAUGCCAGUCCCUGCGACAGAUAUUUUCGGAAAUAUUGCUGAUAGAAGAAACAAAUAUAGCGAAAAUGAAAGAAAUGGAGAGAGUUUGACGCAGCAGAAUUACCCACAGGAUGAUAUGCGAUCUCUACAAGCUAACAGUCGAAGGUUUGGUAUUCAAACAACAAACAAUAUGGGAAAUUUUGGGGAUGGGAGAAUUAUUUAUGAUGAAAAAUACUUUGAAAGAAAUGGAAACCGCUUAACACAGCAAGACAUUAUGCGAGCUCAACCAACUAACACUAAUGGAGACCUCGAAAGACAAACCGAGUACAGUGAAGAAUAUUUCGACAGGAUGGAUGAUGGCUUAAUGCAACAAUUACAGCCAUUGCAGAAAAGUAAUAUGCAGCUUCAGCACACAAACAGGAGAACAGGAAAUGGAAUUGAAAAUACAUUUGUAACGAGACAGCAAAUAAAUUUUUCCGACAACGAUGAAAAUGUAGAAAGGGAACAAACAAUGGUUUAUCAAAAUGACAAUAACAAACACUUAGACAAUGAGGAUGAAUACAGGAGAAACUAUGUGAAAACUCGUGCUGAGACUCGAAGUCGCUAUAACAUUCGAAGAGGAAACUAGCAUAGCUCAACGAUACCAAGAGCCAAGCAAUAUCAUUCUCUGAAAUCCUGAAAAAAGUUAAACCAUAAUUGUACUCAAGUUCAUUGUCUGUGGUUUAUACAGAUAAAAAUGAUCAUUUCGGAUAAAUAAGUUUAGGGAUCAUAUGUUCAGAUUAUGGACAUGUAUAGUCAGUAUCGUGUAAAAUCUUCCUUACAUAACAUAAUGCUUGUUUGUGCAACUGGACCAGGUAAAAUUGAUCCUAAAUCUGUAAAUCAAAGUAUAAGAAAUGAACCACUAAUUAAAACAAUGUGACUCUUGAAUGUUUAAAGCAGUCAAAGGGACCUUGAAAUUUAAAAAUGAUACUACAGUCUGUUUUGUGUUUGUAACAGGGCAUCGUUAUUAUACAAGAAGACAGAAUACUAUCAUUCUAGUGGAUUAAGGAUAAAAUACAAAUGUACUAGUAUUUACUUUUUGUAAGACCUUAUUUCACUUAAAGCCUGUUUUUAAAUCUUGGCAUUAGGCUACCAGAGGAUAAAGUAAUAGAAACAUUCAUUGGGUCAUUGUGGUAUUGCUUUUAUUCAAAGUAUUGUAUCCUUCGAUAAUUUUUAUCUGACGUUUAUUUGACUUUCAAAGUCAUGUGUAAAUAGCCACCAUUUUAUGUCAAAUGUUAAUGUUAUUUCACAUUUUGUUUCUUAGCAUGACAUUAUCAUUUAUCUUUUUUUUUCCUGCAAGAUGGCUUAAAGCCUCUAUAUCUAAACUGAUAUUGUAUACAUGCAAUUCAACAUGCAAUUCUUCUCCGAGGUGCGUGUGUUGUUGGGAAUUUUGCAUGUACAUUUAAUCAGUUUCGCGUAAAGGCUAAGAGCUGAAGUCUUUCGGGUGAGACUUUAAACAAGAUACCAUAUCUGUAACUGUAAAAGUGUCAAAAUAUUUCAACAUAAUGUGUAUUGCAGGGAAAAAUGUGUAUUUAUGGAAAGAAAUAUUAACUCAAUGUGCAUUGCAGGAAAAGGUCUUGUAGCAAAAUGUACACUGAUAUACCGCACAUAACAGAACAAUUGAUAUAAUGUAUUUGUAAUACUUAAUUGAUUCUUUGUUAUUGUUUUUAUAUAUGUUCCAGAUUUAUUAUUACAAAUCCAAAACUGCAAUAAAUUAACGAAAAA